CAUCAAAUAAACUAGCUUGAACCAACACAGCACGCAUAAUUCUCUGGGGUUCAAUGCUAGGCCAGCACCAUCACCGGCAAAGCUCAAGCGACAUAUCUACCUUUCCUGAGAUCAUCCUCACAUCCUUGCAGACUCCACAAGAUGAUGAACACCUCCGGAACAAAACUCUCAUCCUAGAUGUUGAAGGAGGUCUCCUGAGGUCUCCAUCUAUCUUUCCUUAUUUCAUGCUUGUUGCAAUAGAGGCAGGUAGUUUCCUAAGAGGCCUCAUCCUACUAUGCCUCUACCCUUUGCUAUGUUGCCUGCCACAAGAAGUAGAAUUACAGAUCAUGGUCAUCGUGUGCUUCAUGGGGUUAAGCGAAGAGAAGGUGGCUAGGGUUGCAAGGGCGACGUUGCCAAAGUAUUUCCUAGAGGAUGUGGGAAGGGAAGGAUUUGAAGUGCUGAGAGGGAUGAAGAGGGUGACAGGGGUUUGUAGCCUGUUACCAAGGAUAAUGGUGGAACCAUUUCUUAAGGAGUAUAUGGGGUUGGAAGUGGUGGUGGGAAGGGAGGUGAAGAUGAUAAAAGGGCGUUAUGUUGGUUUAUUGGAAAAGGAGAGUGAAGGAAAGCUAGAGCAGGCAAAGUUCGACGAAACAGAGAUGAUAGGGUUGGGAUGCAGCUCAAGCUAUUUUGGUUAUGAUCAUCACCAGCUUUUCUCUUGGUGCAAGGAAGUAUACUUGGUGACACCAGAAGAAAAGAGAAAAUGGUCACCCUUGCCAAGAGACCAGUACCCAAGGCCCCUGAUCUUCCAUGAUGGCAGGCUGGCCUUUAGGCCUACCCCUCAAGCCACCAUAGCCAUGUUCAUGUGGCUCCCAGUUGCGCUGCCCCUCACCUUGCUCCGAACACUAAUCUUUCUGAACCUACCAUACCCUAUUGCCGUUGCAAUUGGAUCAGUGAUUGGUGUAACAACUCGAGUCAUCAACUCACCAGUCCACACUGGUCAAGUAGGUUCUGAACCACAUGCCCAGCCCAGCUCGCAGGGCCAUCUUUACGUGUGCAACCAUCGCACACUUCUCGACCCGGUCUACAUCUCAGCAAUGCUGAACAAGCAGGUAUCAGCCGUCACUUACAGUGUCAGCCGUGUAACUGAGCUCAUAUCACCGAUCAGGACUGUCCGGUUGACCCGAAACCGAGAUGAGGACCGGACGAGGAUGGAGCAGUCACUGAGGCUGGGGGAUUUGGUGGUCUGCCCUGAGGGGACCACAUGCCGGGAGCCAUACCUGCUUCGCUUCAGCCAUCUGUUUGCCGAGCUCGUUGAUGAGGUCUAUCCAGUCGCACUGGUGAACUGGUCCAGCAUGUUCCACGGUACCUCCACCGGCAAGUCCAAGUAUCUAGACCACUUCUACUUUUUCAUGAACCCACGCCCGGCUUAUGAUGUUCAGUUCAUGGACAAGAUGCCAACCAAGAUGGUGAUCGAUGGGAAGAGAUGCGAGAGUUACGAGGUGGCCAACUUCGUGCAGGGUGAGAUUGGUAGGAUUCUUGGGUUUCAAUCCACCAAGCUCACCCGUAAGGAAAAAUACUUGAGGCUGGCAGGAAAUGAAGGGUUUGCUGAUACAAAGGAGUAAAGUCUCUAAAUUUUACACUCGCAAAAGUCUCUAAAUUGUAAACAUAACACAUUGAUGGCUAUUGAUCGCAACAUAACAUAUGUUUGUAAUAUAUAACAUUUAAGAUUUUUAUAGG